UGGACGUCGGUGCGCCGCGCCGCGCACUGUGUGACCCGCUGGCCUUCCGGAAGGAAGCCAGGAACCCUGGGUAUGGCGGCCGUGGCGGAGCAGUGGGUGCUGGUGGAGAUGGUACAGGCGCUCUAUGAGGCUCCUGCUUACCAUCUUAUUUUGGAAGGAAUUCUAAUACUUUGGAUAAUCAGACUUCUUUUCUCUAAAACUUACAAACUACAAGAACGAUCUGAUCUUACAGUCAAGGAAAAGGAAGAAUUGAUUGAAGAGUGGCAACCAGAACCUCUUGUUCCUACUGUUUCAAAAGACCAUCCUGCUCUCAACUACAACAUCGUUUCAGGCCCACCAAGCCACAAAAUUGUGGUGAAUGGAAAAGAAUGCAUAAACUUUGCCUCAUUUAACUUUCUUGGAUUGUUGGAUAACCCUAGGGUCAAGGCAGCAGCUUUGGCGUCUCUAAAGAAGUAUGGUGUGGGGACUUGUGGACCUAGAGGGUUUUAUGGCACAUUUGAUGUGCAUUUGGAUUUAGAAGACCGCCUGGCAAAAUUUAUGAAGACAGAAGAAGCCAUUAUAUACUCAUACGGAUUCGCUACCAUAGCCAGUGCUAUUCCUGCUUACUCUAAGAGAGGGGACAUUGUGUUUGUAGAUAAAGCAGCCUGCUUUGCUAUUCAGAAAGGAUUACAGGCAUCACGUAGUGACAUUAAGUUGUUUAAGCAUAAUGAUAUGGCUGACCUGGAGCGACUACUAAAAGAACAAGAAAUUGAAGAUCAAAAGAAUCCUCGCAAGGCUCGUGUAACUCGCCGUUUCAUUGUAGUUGAAGGGUUGUAUAUGAACACUGGAACUCUUUGUCCUCUUCCAGAAUUGGUUAAGUUAAAGUACAAAUACAAAGCAAGGAUCUUUCUGGAAGAAAGUCUUUCAUUUGGAGUCCUGGGGGAGCAUGGCCGAGGAGUCACAGAACAUUUUGGAAUCAGUAUUGAUGAUAUUGAUCUUAUCAGUGCCAAUAUGGAGAAUUCGCUUGCUUCUAUUGGGGGUUUCUGCUGUGGCAGGUCUUUUGUAAUUGACCAUCAGCGACUUUCUGGCCAGGGAUACUGCUUCUCAGCCUCCCUGCCUCCGCUGCUAGCCGCUGCUGCCAUCGAAGCCCUCAACAUCAUGGAGGAGAGCCCAGGUAUUUUUGCGAUGUUGAUGGAAAAGUGCAAACGAAUUCAUAAAGCUUUACAAGGCAUUUCCGGAUUAAAAGUAGUGGGGGAGCCACUUUCUCCAGCGUUUCACCUGCAGCUAGAAGAGAGCACUGGGUCUCGAGAACAAGAUGUUAAACUGCUCCAGGAAAUUGUAAAUAAAUGCAUGGACAGAAGCAUCGCUUUAACUCAGGCACGCUACUUAGAGAAAGAAGAGAAGUGCCUCCCUCCUCCAAGACCAUGCUGAAAUGAACAAGUAAUUCUGAAGUGUACCUAUGUGCAUCUCCACAAGAAUUUCUGCCAUGCUGAUUUCUGGAACUGCAAUAAGAGUCAAAGCAUUUGCAAAAUCUUCCUUUUAAGAGACAGCAGCAAAUGUUUUAUCAGGUAACUAUAACACAACUAUUUUUUCUUUCUAUUCUUGAAUUUGUUAGUUCUUUCUCUCUACACCUGUUUCAAAUGUUUAUGCUGUCAAAUAUUCCAACCUCUUCCAUUAUAGCCUGGAAGAAUUGCCUUGCUUAAAAGGGUGUCCCCACCCCAGAAUUAUAAGAACAUCCCUUCCUCUUCAAACACUUCUUCCUAUGGAUUCAUAGCUGCUUGGUGAGCUAUUUUGUCUUCUCUUGGUCAAUACCAAAACUUUCUAACCAUGUAGGUUUCUAGUAUGUUUCCAUGUCUGAUAGAAAAAUUUCCUACCUUCCUCUUUUACAAAAAAAUUCUCAGCGAUUCUUAUAUUUCUCUCCCAAAAGAAUGUUAAAGUCAACUUAUCAUGUUAAAAUUGACCUGGUUAUGCUGCACUAUAACUCCCCCGAACAUUGCUGAAGGAGACAUGAACGCUCUCAGGUGCAAAGUGCCUGGGAGGGCACAUGCUCCACCCAGCCGUGUAGACAGGAACCUCCUCUGGACACAAGACGAGAAAGACCACAGAAGCGACUGUUUAUUCAUCUACACCCCCAACCACCCACAGAAGGCUCUAGAAGAGGUAAGAAGCAUCCCAUUCUCAGGCUCCCUGGAAGCAUUAGGAAGCAACCUGGGCCCUGGGCCCAGAGAAUACCUCCCAGAUGGUGGAGGCUCCUCUGCCUAGAACACCUGAUGGAACAGGAAAAGGGCGCACAGAGCACAGACCCCAGAGGGUGCCCAAAGGCACCUCCGCCUAUCCUCUUCACACCUGCCCAGCUCCUGGUGCCUUCCGGCUACCAGAUAUCAGCUCCUGGAAGACAACACUUGAUUGGAGACCUGCAACAUACCAGACACUGUCUUCCGCAGUUUGUAAUCCUCAGUGAAUCCCGGUGACAUGCAUAUUAUUGACACUCACAUGUUGUGGCUGAGAAAACUGAGGCACAGAGAGAACCAGUGACUUGCCCAUUGUCACACAACAUGGUGUGAUGGAGAAUCUGGGUAAGAGCCCCUGCAGUUUGUUUGUGUCUAAGCCCUUAUGCACCUGUCACCACCUCAUGCAGCUUCUCACGCAAGAUCACAUUAGCACUGCAUUCUCUCUGUUGACCAUACAUGUCUGAGAAUCUUGAGAAUGUUUGGUGUCCAUUUUUGACAUACAUAUCUACAAAGCAUGAUGUUCAGCUAAUGUUAAUGGUAGCUUUCCCCAAGUGCUCAAAUUUGGAAAAAUGGCAGCUUCUUUGACAUUUUUCUGGCAUUACUUAUAAAUUCAGUCAUAUACUUAUUUUAUUUUCAGAAAGAAUAGAAUUCAUAUUCAAAAGGAAAAUGCUUUGGGGACUGUAAGGCACUUUAGAAAUAGAAGAUUUAUUGGUUUAUAUUUUAUGCACUCUCACUUUUGUAUUUCAUAUCUAUUUCAUUCUCUAAUUUUUCUCCUUAAUGUACUUUUAUAUUGUAACCUUCUAGAAGUGUCUUAUAGAGCAAAAUGGCAUCUGUACUUUGCUAUAUAAGAUUUAAUAGAUCUGGCUUUUAUUUGGUAAAAUAAACACUUAUCUUUAU